GCUACUAAUUACAACACACAAUAGUAAAUAUGGACUCAAAAGGACGUAUUAGCACAGAUGCAAUAAAAGACUUUUGAUAGCACAUAAAUUGCACAGUUGCUGCCGGAACGUGCAACUAAUAACAUCGUUCGGCAUCAAUAAAAAACUACAAGGAUUCGAAUUACCGCGUCUGAAUAUUUUUUUAUUUAACUUUUGUUAAAAAACUUUAAUAAUAUGGCAGGUCCGUUUCUUUCGCCUUUGCCAGGUGAUCUGUUAACCGAAUAUAUGUUUGGUCGACGUAGACAAAGACGAAAUCGCACGACCUUUACGCCACAACAAUUGCAAGAACUCGAGGCACUCUUUCAGAAAACCCAUUAUCCUGACGUAUUUCUUCGUGAAGAAGUCGCCUUACGCAUAAGUUUAAGCGAAGCCCGAGUACAGGUAUGGUUCCAAAACCGCAGAGCAAAAUGGCGAAAGCAAGCUCGACUACAAUUACUUCAAGACGCAUGGAGAAUGCGUUGCUUAAGUUUAGGAACCCCUCCAGUUAUGACACCCGGAGGAAGAGUCCCCAAUUUACCUAACUCAGCUAGUACUGCAAAUGGUCCACAGGUUGGAUUAAGUGACCAAAGUCCUGAAAAUCUUUCAAAUUCACAUGGUAAAGAUACACAAAAUCAAUCAAGUGAAAUGAAUGGUACGACAGCCACAAACGGUCAAUCACCACCAUCAAAUUUUACUAUGAUGCAUCCCGCUUUUCAACAACAUCCUCAGCAUAAGAUGGCAGGUCAACAAGAGCGAAUUUCAAAUGAAAAUGACGAUAAACUUACAAAUGGAUGUGAAAAAACAUACACUGAACUUAAACUUUAUAAAGAACAAACUGAUCAAAAUUUAAAUGGAACUUUAAGAUCACAUUUAAAUAUGAAUUCCAUGUCUGAUGCACAUAUGCUGGCAGCGGCAGCAGCACUUGAAGGGCAUUGUUCUGAUGAUGGCUCAGAUGGUUCAGAUUCAGAGGAAAUAGAUUUAACUUCAGGUGCAUGCAUUGAUUUCUCAAAUAAUAAGCCGCAACAUCCAUCACAUGCACAACAUCAACAGGCUAUUGGAUCUACAAAUGGAGUACACUAGAGGAUCAUACAAUUAAAAUACAGAACUUACAUAUAUUCCAACAAGAAUAUUUAAAAAUGUCUUAGACAUUAGAUUUAAUUAAUCAAUAAAACCA